UGGUGUCAGUGGGAGGAAUAGUGCCCCAUCAUUGGUAUCAGUGGGAGGAAUAGUGCCCCAUCAUUGGUGUCAGAAUAUGGGAGGAAUAGUGCCCAUCAUUGGUGUCAGUGGGAGGAAUAGCGCCCCAUCAUUGGGAGGAAUAGUGCCCCAUCGUUGGUGUCAGUGGGAGGAAGAGUGCCCCAUCGUUGGUGUGUCAGUGGGAGGAAUAGUGCCCCAUCGUUGGUGUCAGUGGGAGGAAUAGUGCCCCAUCGUUGGUGUCAGUGG